AUGCUUUCGAGCCCCACAUCGCCUAAUCGGGCAGGUACACCCAGACCCUCCAAAAGAUCCCCCAGUCGGAGUUAUUACUUAAAUGCAUUGGGAUCCUUCUGUCUCCCACCGCAUACUUCUCUCUCUCUCACUCUCACUCUCACUCACCUUGGAUUCUCGUGGGAUCCUUUGGUAUUCUCUGCAUCUCAAACCCUUAUCAUCUCACUUGUCGCACCCCACGUUGCCACGAUGGUGACCCACGGCCCUCACCCGUUCGACCCAAUCUCCCCCGGGGAGAUUAAGCUUGCCGUCAAGGUUCUGGAGGCAACUUUCCCCGGUGUUUCUCUACGCUACAAGCGCAUUGACGUCAAUGAGCCCAUCAAGAAGGAUGUUAUCGCAUACAUUGAAGCAGAGCGUCUGCGACGGCCACUGCCACCACCCCCAGCCCGUCUUCUCUAUGUCCUCUUCCACCGACUUGAUACCGGCGCAUUCUACAAGGCCAUCCUCAAUGCCGACAAACGCUCCAUUGUUUACGCCAAGGAGCUUCCAAAGGAAGUUCAAGGCCCUAUCGAUAUCGAUGAGAUUGCUGGCAUCGAGGAGAUGUGCAUGAAACACCCCGCCGUCCUGGCCGAAAUCGAGAAGUUGCAAUUACCCGCCGGCGUGACAGUCUGUAACGAUCCUUGGAUGUACGGCACAGACAACGACACCGAGGACCGACGCCUCUUCCAAUGUUUCAUGUACAUGGUCGAAGUCGACCACCCUCAGAACAAUCACUACUCUCUCCCUUGCAAGUUCUCACCAGUUUUUGAUGGGUUGACCCACGAGUUGGUCCGCAUGGACUACCUCCCUGGUGGAGCUGAUUUCGAGACCUCCACAACCCAGCCUUGGAAGCCCGUCAAGACAGUGCAGUAUGCCCACGAUCUCUUGGAUGAGCCUGUUCGCACCGAUCUCAAGCCUUACAUUGUGCAACAGCCGGAGGGCCCUUCAUACUCCGUUGAUGGCAACUCAGUGUACUGGCAGAAGUGGCGUUUCCGCGUGGGUUUCAAUGCACGCGAGGGUUUGGUUAUCUACAACGUCACUUACGACAACCGCAAUCUAUUCUAUCGCUUGGCUGUGUCUGAAAUGACUGUUCCAUACGGAGACCCACGUGCUCCUUACCACCGCAAGCAGGCAUUCGAUGUCGGUGAUACUGGCUUUGGAAUGAAUGCCAAUCAGCUGGCAUUGGGAUGUGACUGCCUGGGUCACAUCAAAUAUUUCGAUGGAUAUCGCAAUGAUUGCAAGGGAAACCCGUUGCAGUUGAAGAAUGUGAUUUGCAUGCACGAACAGGACAAUGGUUUGCAGCACAAGCAUACCAACUAUCGCUCGGGUGCUGCGACUGUCGUGCGUAAUCGCCAGCUUGUCUUGCAAAUGAUUUGCACCGUAGCCAACUACGAAUACAUCUUCAACUACAUCUUUGACCAAGCCGCCAAUGUCGAAUUGGAAGUCCGUGCUACUGGUAUCCUUUCCACAGUGCCAUUUGACAACGAGACUGGACAAACCGUUCCAUGGGGUACCAAUGUCGGUCCAGGUGUUAUGGCUCCCUUCCAUCAACACAUGUUCUCGCUUCGCGUGGACCCUGCCAUUGAUGGAUUCAAGAACACCAUUUACUACGAGGACAGCGUUCCUAUGCCCGAAGACGAAAAGAACCCCUACCUCGUGGGAUAUGUUUCCGAGCCCACGGUCAUGCGCACAUCUGGCACAGCUAACACAAGUGUGGAUCGUAGCCGUGUUUUCAAGAUUCGCAACGACAGCGUCACCAAUCCGAUCACCUACAAGCCCGUUGCCUACAAGCUCAUGGCAGCUCCUAGCCAAAUGCUUCUUGUCAGCAAGAACGCUCCAGGCUACCGCCGCGCAGAGUUCGCUACCAAACCCAUCUGGGUGACCAAAUACCAAGACGACGAAUUGUACGCCGCAGGCGAGUUCACCAACCAGAGUCGCCGUGCCGAGGGUGUUGAGACCUGGGUUCAGCGCAAGGAUAACACAGAGAAUGAGGAUGUCGUUUUAUGGCACACCUUCGGCCUCACUCACAAUCCUCGCAUCGAGGACUUCCCCGUCAUGCCCAUGGAGCGAAUCAGUGUCAUGUUGAAGCCAGAUGGCUUCUUCAACAAGAACCCUGCUCUUGACGUCCCGCAAUCUUCUCAGCUGUUCAACAAAUCCUCUCUUCACCCUGAAGAGGAGCCUGCCUCUUGCUGUGCUGGAUCUUCGUCCGCUGGCACCAAGGCCAAAUUGUACAAGCGGAUUGAUUAG